GGAUAGGAGACCGUGAAGAGUGAUCGCUUGAAGAAGGCAGAAAUACGGUGGCAUAGGUAGGAGAGCUUGCUUGAGCAAGAGAACGAAAACGACUUUCGAGAAAUAUAUACACGCCGAGCAUCGUGCCGACGCGUCUAGACUGUAGCGCUCUCGUCAGUGCACGUCAGAGUAGAUCGUCUGCAAAUGACUCGGUGAACUUGUAAAUUCUCGCUCUCUCUUCCCUUUCCCCUUCCCUUCCUGUCAUAAUCCCUGUCCUCUUUACCACACAACCGUCACCAUGCCCGGCACCGUCACCCCCUCUACCGUCCAAAGCGCUUCGAGCUCUACCUCGGAGUCCCGCCACGAAUGCCAAUACCCCGACAUCGCCAUAGACCCCACGACCAACGAGUACCCCUUCCAGCGCAAGAUGGUGUUCUGCGAGCUUCUGACAUCGCAGUUCACCCCCGCACAGCUCGUGCAGGUGUGCGGCGAAUGCCUGCAGUACUCGGCGCGCUGUUGCACGCAUGUGGGAUUAGGCAAGGCCUGUCAUCAUUUUAGGCUGGUGUUCACGAGUGGGGCGUGUGUGGAUGGGAGGGCGGGCAUCUCCGUCGUCCUCGGCCAAAUCGGCCCCGGCAUCGACCAGUUCGCGCAGCCCGUCACUGACGAGAUGGAUCCCGGCCAAAAACGCACUUCCCAGCGCGCGGAACUGCUCGCUGCGUUGAUAGGCGUGCGCCGCGCGAUGGACGGUGAUCUGCACGAGUAUGAGGGGUACGAUCCGAGCGCGAUGAAGGAGCGUAUCAUUGCGACGGACUCGGAGUAUGUGGUAAAGGGGAUGACGGAGUGGAUGGGGCAGUGGAAGCGCAACGGAUGGAAGACCUCCAUGGGCAUGACGCCAGCGAACCUCGACCUCUUCCAGCUCCUGGAGCGCACGAUUGAGGAGAUGGAAGUCGAGCAUAACGCGGUGUUCGGAUUCUGGCAGGUGCCGAAGAGCGUGAACAGGGAGGCGGAUAAGAUGGCGAGGGCGGCUGCGAGGGGUGGGGUAAAGGUCGUGCCAGAGAAAGCAGCAGAGGGGAGCGCGGAGGGAGCGCGGAAGCGGCUGGUUAAGGUCGGGGCGGUCGAGGGAGAGAAGUCAUAGCUGAUGGCCAGGCGAAUGGAUUAUAUGCAGAAAUUUGUCCUUUGAUCAUGAGGCUUUCAUGCACGCUCAUGCCAUUUGCGCCAGGUGCAGCGUACAUCACGUCAAUUCGACUACUACUGCAGUUCACAGGAAGUUCAGCAAUGCAG